CUCUCUCUCUCUCUCUCUCUGAUUCUAGUCCUUUAAUUAAUACGGUCUUUCUGUAUCUUGAUAUGUACAUGCAUGAGAUAAAUUGAAAAACAGAAAACUCGUUUAACCUAUAAUUCGUUCACACAUAAAUUCCUCAACAAUUCUCUCUAACCAAUAAAAUUUCUGGGUGUCUUUUAUUAUUUUGAUUCAUAACUUGAUCUAUCUGUAAUCUAGUCUUUAUUGGGCGAACGAGUGAAUUUUGGUUUAUAAGCUCUUCAAACUUUGGUUUGAAUUCGUUCAGAGAUCUUAUUGAAAGGAAAAUUGAUAUAAAUUGGUUUAAAUCUUCUGACCAAUUCAUAACCUCCUUUUUUUUUUUUUCUUUUCAUUUGAAUAAUUGUAUCGAUUAUCUGUCACAAUCGACUUUAACGCGAGUGUACUUGCCAUUAAUUUGACCGCGUGCGACUUAGAUUAGAUUAAAUGCAAUUUUUUUUGUCCUUUAAUAUUUGUCUCUUAAUUUCUUUUUCAAUUUGCCACCAUAUUAUGUUGUGUCUAUAGUCUCUGAACUCUGAUUGCUGAUUAGAUUCAGUAUCUGAUUGGGCGAGUGUUUGUGAAAUUGAUUCUGGUUUGAAUUGAUUUUGAUUUUUUGAAAGGAAGUGAGUUAGGUUUAGGCGUUUUUUAUUCUUGAAAGAAGUUAAGAGGAAAAUUCGAUAUAAAUUUUGUUAUUUAACACAAAAGUUAUCCAAAGUUAUUUUAACUCAAAAAUCAAUUUUAGAUCUAGAUUCAAUUUUUCAAACCCAAUGGAAUGGAUUGACACAGUGAUGUAAGAUCUCACUCGAAAUGAUCUAUUUAGUGAGAGAACCCAUGUUCAAUUUUUAGGUAUGUGCAAAAUUCCUUUGGGCCAACCCGAGGAGUGAUAGCCACAUACUCCAAUCAAGAUUAGUCUCUAACCCAGCAGCACCAAAAGGCAAAAAAAGAAGAGUCAAUUCUUCAAUGUGACACCAAACAUCUAGACUAUGGGGAGCAAGGCACCAAGUUGGUCUGACCAAUGGGGAAGUGGAGGGUUUGCCAGUGACCACUAUGAGGAGGAGGAAGAGGAGAAGACGAAGAUGAAGAAGAGUGGGAGCAGCAAGAAGAUGGCAGAUGCAAAGGCUGUGGCAUCAGCUGGGAUGGACAAGGCCAAAACUGCAGCAGUUGUGGGUGCCCAGAAGGUGAAGAGUGGAACCUCUGCUGGCCUCAAAUGGGUCAAGAAUCAGUACCAGAAAAGGACUUCCAAGUGAAAACUCACUCACUUGCUUGCUUCUUGGACAGACAGUUUCAUUUCAAUAGCUUUGGUAAAUAAUACAUACAUGAUGAUGCUCUAGUAAAAGUGUUUUGCUUGUUUCUUAAAUUAUUAUUACAGUAUUAUGCUUUGGUUUUUCUUUCUAGUACAACAGUCCAGAUUAACUUGUUAUUUUUAUAUUUUUACAUUUUUUAUAGAAAAAUGUUGGAUGUUAAUCAUGUUAUAAAUUUUUACCCUCCAUAUCUA